UUACAACUUACAACCUCACCAAGCGUGGCAAUAUGGGAAGACAAUAAAUCCUAGCUGCCCACGGUGAACUUCUGUCCAUUUGCCCAUACCGUCGGGCCAUCACGAACGUCAGCCGUCAGCCGCCAGCCGCCGUCAUCAAGAUUCCAUGGUAGCUCGGUUUCAUUCUUUGGUUGAGUAGCUGGAGAUAUGAGAGGUCUACAGAUUUCUUUGAAUCAUACCCAGAAUAUUCGGCUCCAGAAAGCCCGAGAAACGCUCGAAUCUCUCUCUUCAAAGGCCAAUUCUGAUGCUUCGGUUAUAGUUGCUGAUACUAUUCCUCUCAAUUACGAGGAUGGUGUCCUCAAGGGACAUGGGACCCUUGACUUGAAUGGAGAAGUAGUUGCCACUAUUUGUGGAGUGGUUGAGCGAGUCAAUAAGCUUAUCUAUGUACGUGCCUUACGUGCCAGAUAUAAACCGGAGGUUGGUGAUAUCGUGGUGGGACGUGUUACAGAGGUUGCUCCAAAACGUUGGAGAUUGGAUAUAAAUUAUAGUCAAUAUGCUGUUUUGAUGCUUUCUUCGAUGAACUUGCCCGAUGGUAUUCAGAGGAGGCGAACUGCAGUUGAUGAACUCAACAUGCGGAGCAUUUUUGAAGAAAAUGAUGUUAUUUGUGCAGAAGUACGUGGUUUUCAGCAUGAUGGGCUACACCUUCAAGCCAGAAGCCAGAAGUAUGGGAAGCUUGAACGUGGUCAGCUUUUAACAGUUUCACCAUAUCUAGUAAAGAGACGCAAACAACACUUCCAUCAUUUGGAGCAGUAUGGUAUUGACUUAAUACUUGGAUGCAAUGGAUUUAUCUGGAUCGGGGAACAUGUUGAUUCUACAGAGGACAUGAUGAUAGAAGAUCAAGUUAGUAAAGCUGAACAGGAAAGAGUAUAUACUCCAUUAAAUACACGACAGAAUAUAUGCAGAACUGCAAAUGCGAUUCGAGUAUUGUCUAGCUUGGGCUUUAUAAUGACAGUAGAAGUCAUUAUGGAGACAGUUAGUCUAAGUAUUUCUCAGAAUGUUGAUGUGCAUGAAAUGCUUGGUUCGGAGUUCUUUGUCCUCACUGCAGAAAAAGAGGUUGAACGGCGUAGGCAUACUUCGAGUAAGAAGAGGGGGUGAUUUGGUUGUCUUUCAAAAUUGUGUGUAAUUUGAAUCACUCCUAAUGAAAGUUUUGCUACGAACCGUUUGAAUUUACUGUUAGAAUAUUUUGUACAAUUUUAGGUUAUCUCCACUUGGCCUGUUAGUGUUAACAGCAGUAUAGAAUGCAAUAUUUGCUUAAUUAUUCUGUAGUACGUGGUUUCAUAA